AAUAGUAGACUAGCGAAAGAUAAACAUAGCACUGCUUCUCCUUCAAUAGUAGACUAGCGAAAGAUAAAUGUACGUGCUCCGUACACUCAUUAGGCUUUGGAAUUAAACCGAAGUUACUAGCUCGCCAGCUGGGUAGACAAGACUAUUAUUGUUCAAUGAAGACGGUGUCAAAACCAACCUCCGCCACCGUGCGGGAUAAGGACGUUACAGCGCCCUCUGGUGGGUUCGUGAUGUCCGACAGUCUGUCUCUUUCAUCCUACAAGGACUAUCCUGUAAUCCAUCCUUUUAUCAUCACACACACACCUCGACACACAUUACCAAGCAACGCUUUUCCAGAGAGCAGCAGCAAAGCUAUCUUGUCUGCCUUGAGGAACCUUCAGGAGAAGAUCAGGACCCUGGAGAAGGAGAGAGGCCGGGCAGUACAGAGCAUAUACACACCGGAGAAGACCGCAACACACACACUCACACAGCCCCAGAGGGACAAGGACACACACUCUCAUGCUGACAUAGCCAAGCACACAGACAAACAUAAACACACUGACACACACACCCACACUGACACACAUACACACAAAGACACACACUCUCAGUCAGGCACACACACCAAGAGGGUGGGAGAGAGAGAAACCAGUGACAAGUCAGCAUGUAACCAAGCCCUGGUGACCCAGCUAGCCGCAGCGGAGGCUCGCUGUAGCCAGCUUGAAAAGCAGUUGGAGCACAUGAGGAGGAUGGUCCGCAGUGCCAAGUCGGACAGGACCACCCUGCUCAAACAACAGGUUUCCAUGGAGACAUCCAGGUCAGCUUAUCAGUCACAUGACUCUUGUUCUGGGCAUACCCAGCUGGAGAAACUAGAGCGUCUGGAGCAGGAGUAUUUGCGACUGACAGGCACGCAGGAGCAUGCAGAGAGGAAGAUCCAGGAGUUGGAGAUCAAGCUGCAGGAGGAGCAGCACCAGAUCAAGCUGGUCCAGGACAAAGCUAACCAGAUACAGACAGGUUUGGAAGCCAAUAGGAUCCUGCUCCAGUCUGUAUCUCCCCGCCCACCCAGAAGCAGAACCAAAGAGAAGAGACCUGUUUCUAAAACGCCUGUGGAGUCGCCCUCACACACACAGCCUCACUACAGACUUAGUCUGGGGGACGUGCCAUUUGUGACUGGAACGUCUCCAGGUUGCAGUCACUCGGUCCGGGCCAACGUCCAGUCUGUCCUCUCUCUGCUGAAGCAACACCAGCCCCAGCUCUGCAACGCACGCGUCCUCUCUCACACCCCAUUGGACCAGAGUUCCGCCCAGGCAGCCAAUCACAGGCGCUCAGACAGUGGCUCCUCCUCUUCCUCUUCUGGAGGGGAGGAGCUAGCAGACCUGUUGGUGGCAUUACAGGAAGAGCUGCGACACAUGAGCCUGGAGCAACAGGACCUGAUGCGGCAGGCUGAAGAGUGUGUGUCGGAGCGUGAGAGUAGAGAGCUGCACAGAGAUCAGGAGGACCUACUGAAGAAGAUGGAGAGGAAGGGAGAGCAGAUCAGCAAGUUACACAAACACCAAACACAGGUCAAGAGGUUGCGUAGGGAGGUGCGGGGUCAGAAGCGAGGGGGCAGAGGUGAGGUCAGGGUCACAACCACAGUGACUACUCGCGGUCGCUCAGCCGGAGUGGUCAAAGUUGGUCCGGGCGACCGCAGUAAGAACAAUCUGAAACUGCUCCGUGACAUGAAAGCCCUCCAGAGCUCCCUACGAACAUGACCUCAACACAACCAUCCUCCUUACAAACCUGACCGAAAGGCAACCGUCCUUACUACGAACUGGACCGCAAGACAACCGUCAUCCUCAGCAUGAACCUGACCACAACAUAACCAUCCUUGUUAUAAACUUGACCCCAGCUCAACCAUCUUCACUAAGAACCUGACUGCAACACAACUGUCGUCACUUUGCACCUGACAACAGUGUGAAACAACAUUUUACUGUCUAUACUCAUAUGGAGACCGUCUGUGGGUGCAGGUAGUUAUGUACGGAGGUUUUAUUGGGUCAACCCGACUCAUCCUAGCCUUAUCAUGGGAUAUCAGGGACAGAAUGUGUGUGUUUCUUUGGUGUGUGUGGGUGUGUUGAGAAUAAUUUCAAAUGAUCUAUUAGCAAUGGUGCGCUGCAUUUGGAAAUAAACAUAUUUAUUUUGUA